AUGGACGAUUUCAACUCCAAUUCAUACCCAGAUGGGAGAAUGCAGAUUCAAACCUACCAUGGAACCGAAUCAAGGACACCCAAUGGUUCUGGCGCAAUGGGUAUGCAAGAUUUUCGUUGUUACAGUGCUUCCUAUGCUUCUUCUGCAAAUCCAAGUCGAACCCAGAUGGGUAAUGAUUUGAAGCUCAAGAAAGGAAAAUCGACGAAUGGAUUCUCAUCCAAGAGUUGGAGUUUCAACGAUCCGGAGAUGCAGAGAAAGAGGAGAGUUGCUAGCUAUAAAGUUUAUUCUGUGGAAGGCAAAGUUAAAGGGUCUCUAAGAAAAAGCUUCCGAUGGCUUAAGGAAAGAUGCUCUCGAGUUGUUUUUGGAUGGUAG